UACCAGAACUCAGACUUUACCCAACAAUGACAAGGUAAGAAGAAAUGCAAGCAAUUUAAUCAAAGGUUGUUGUUUUUUUCUCGUAUUAUUCAUUACUUCUCAAAUCCACAAAAAAAUAUAGUUUUAUCCUCCCAUAGUGUGUGAAGUGUUAGCUGUAAAAGUGUGUGGCUUACUGGUAGUUUCUUUGGAGAUUGAAAACAUUGUUUGGUUUCGAAAUAUAAAAAAGUGACAAAUGCUAUUAAUGUAAUUGUGGCAGACCUCCACGUGGUGACACUGUAGACCGUAACAUUGAGAGUUCAUACGUAGUGCUACUUUCUCCUCCCAGUUUUAGGUGUCGAUGUGGCUUCUCCAGGCUUUGUCACAAAGAGAGAGCGAAAGGACAGAGGGGAGAUCGGUUUCGUCCAUGAGUAGCCUACAAUAUAUAGCACAAUAUAGAAGCUGUAUUUUUUAAUAGUUGUAACAUUUGUUAAGGGGUUUCCUUGCUUUGGAUGCGUUUGAAUCGCCAUAUGGAAUUAUGUCUGCACCAAUGAGGACGUCUAUUGUUUCAUGGCUGGUGCUUGUGCUGCUGGGGUGUUGCUGGGAAGCGGAGUCUGGACAGCUUUCGUAUUCAGUGUUCGAGGAAUUGAAUCCGGGGACAUCUGUCGGAAAUAUCGCUAAGGAUCUAAACCUCAGCCUUCAGGAUUUGGAGUCCCGUAUGUUUCAGAUUGUCACUGGAUCAAAAAGAAAAUAUUUCGAGGUAAAUGUAAAGACUGGUUUUCUCGACGUUAAUGAGAGAAUAGAUCGAGAGGAGCUCUGUGCAAAGGCACCUAAAUGCACAGUCAGUGUAGAAGCGGUGAUAAACAGUCCCUUGAAGCUGUAUCGCUUAGAAAUAAAUAUACUAGAUGUGAACGACAACGACCCGUCAUUCACGGAAAAGUCUCAAACUAUAGAAAUAGCAGAGAACACUUUGCCUGGAAUGAAAUUCGCUUUGUCGGAGGCCAUCGAUGCAGAUGUAGGUAAGAACACGGUCAAUGCGUUUAAAUUAACACCCAAUGAAUAUUUUUCUCUCGCUACAAUCAAAGAAGGAGAAAGCAUGUAUGCAGAGUUAGUUUUACAGAAAACACUGGAUCGAGAGAAACAGCCUGUGAUACAUCUCACUGUGACUGCUAUAGAUGGAGGGACUCCGCCGAGAUCUGGCACGUCACAGGUCAUUAUCCACGUUUUAGACAUCAAUGAUAAUCCCCCAGUGUUUAGCAAUCCCUUGUACAAAACUCGUAUAUUUGAAAACACGCCAAUCGGGACAACUGUGAUAACACUGAACGCAACCGACGCAGACGAGGGAACAAACGGUGAGAUAGUCUAUUCAUUAAGAAGUAAAGGGCAGGAUCGUAUAUUAGAGAUUUUUCAUAUUGAUCCCAUAACGGGUGCGAUAAUAGUCAAAGCUGAUGUCGAUUAUGAGGAAUAUACAGCUUUCGAAAUCCGUGCCGAAGCAAACGAUAAGGCUCAGCCACCGAUGUCUGCGCACUGUAAAGUGCUGGUAGAAGUAAUUGAUGUAAAUGACAAUGCUCCCGAGAUCACUGUGACGUCACUGUUCGAUACCGUAAAGGAGGACGCUGAUGUAGGUACUGCUAUUGCACUCGUUUCCGUUCUAGACAGUGAUGGCGGUCGAAAUGGUGAAGUUAAAUGUAAAAUAUUCAACAAGGUACCCUUUAAACUAGAGACAAACUACAAAAACUAUUAUUCGCUAGUUGUUGACGGGGCUCUUGACAGAGAAAUUAUCUCAAGCUACAACGUCACAAUUUCGGCUAUCGAUGAAGGGACUCCUCCUCUCUCAAACACCAGUGUUAUUACCGUUCAUAUUUCUGAUAUAAAUGAUAACUCACCUCGUUUCUCAGAACAUGUGGUAAAUGUUUACGUGACAGAAAACAGUGAAUUCGGGGUAGUUAUUAAAACGAUAUCUGCAUCGGAUGCUGACAUUGAAAAGAAUGGUAAAGUUAGAUAUUCAUUUUUAGACAGUAAUAGUAACUCAGUCCCCGUGUCUACAAUGGUGAACAUCAACUCAGAGACUGGAGACAUAGUC